AUGUCCGACCCUGCUCCUUCCAAUCCUCCCAAGCCAGCACCCGCCGAUGACAAGGAUGAGGUCGCAACUGCCAUCCUACGUCAGCGAAAGUCACCUAACAAGGUGUUCGUCGAGGAGUCUACGACAGAUGACAACUCAGUAGCGUGUCUGUCGGCCGCCAAGAUGGACGAACUCGGCCUCUUUCGCGGUGACACCAUCUUGCUCAGGGGAAAGAAGCGUAGAGACACAGUGUUGAUCUGCCUCUCUGAUGAAAAUACCGAAGACUCCAAGAUUCGCCUCAACAAGGUAGCCCGAAACAAUCUCCGCGUCAAGCUCGGCGACCUCGUCUCUAUUCAUGCUUGCCAUGACAUCAAGUACGGCAAGCGCAUUCACGUUCUUCCCUUUGACGAUAGCGUCGAGGGUCUUACUGGAAACAUCUUUGACGUCUACCUCAAGCCCUACUUCCUCGAGGCCUACCGUCCCGUUCGCAAGGGUGACACUUUCACCGUACGUGGUGGUAUGCGUGCUGUCGAAUUCAAGGUCAUCGAGACCGAUCCUGCCGAAUUCUGCAUUGUUGCCCAAGACACGGUAAUUCACACGGAGGGCGAACCGGUCAAGCGCGAAGAUGAGGAGGCCAACCUCGCAGAUGUCGGCUACGACGACAUUGGUGGUUGCCGCAAACAGAUGGCCCAGAUCCGUGAGAUGGUCGAGUUGCCUCUACGACACCCGCAGCUAUUCAAAUCGAUCGGUAUCAAGCCGCCUCGCGGUGUGCUCAUGUAUGGUCCUCCAGGUACCGGCAAGACGCUUAUGGCUCGUGCUGUCGCCAACGAAACGGGUGCCUUCUUUUUCCUCAUCAAUGGUCCCGAGAUCAUGUCCAAGAUGGCCGGAGAGUCCGAGUCGAACCUGCGAAAGGCGUUUGAGGAGGCCGAGAAGAACAGCCCCGCCAUCAUCUUCAUUGACGAGAUUGACAGUAUUGCACCCAAGCGUGAGAAAACCAACGGUGAAGUCGAGCGACGUGUCGUUUCACAGCUUCUCACCCUCAUGGACGGUCUCAAGGCGCGUUCCAACAUUGUGGUCAUGGCCGCCACCAACCGACCCAACUCGAUCGAUCCUGCUCUUCGACGAUUCGGCCGAUUCGACCGUGAAGUCGACAUUGGUAUCCCCGACCCCACUGGUCGACUCGAGAUUCUGCGCAUUCACACCAAGAACAUGAAGCUGGCCGACGACGUCGAUCUCGAGCAGAUUGCUGCCGAGACUCACGGUUACGUCGGUUCGGAUGUAGCCGCCCUCUGCUCCGAGGCUGCCAUGCAGCAGAUUCGUGAAAAGAUGGACCUCAUUGACCUUGACGAGGACACAAUUGAUGCCGAGGUGCUAGACUCGCUCGGAGUCACCAUGGAGAACUUCCGCUUCGCUCUCGGCGUCUCCAACCCGUCGGCUCUCCGAGAGACGGUGGUUGAGGUGCCCACUACCACUUGGAAGGACAUUGGUGGUCUCGACAAGGUCAAGCAAGAGCUGCAAGAGACCGUCUCGUACCCCGUCGAGCAUCCCGAAAAGUUCCUCAAAUACGGCAUGGCGCCUUCCAAGGGUGUCCUCUUCUACGGACCGCCUGGUACCGGUAAGACGCUGCUUGCCAAGGCUAUUGCCAACGAGUGCCAAGCCAACUUUAUUUCGAUCAAGGGUCCUGAGCUGCUCACCAUGUGGUUCGGUGAGUCGGAGGCUAACGUGCGAGACGUUUUCGACAAGGCGCGUGCUGCUGCUCCAUGUGUCAUGUUCUUCGACGAGCUGGAUGCCAUCGCCAAGUCACGAGGUUCGUCAUCUGGCGAUGGCGGUGGAGCUGGUGACCGUGUCAUUAAUCAGAUCCUUACCGAGAUGGACGGUGUCAGCUCGCGUAAGAACGUCUUCAUCAUUGGUGCUACCAACCGACCUGACCAGAUCGACCCGGCUAUCCUGCGUCCCGGCCGUCUCGACCAGCUCAUCUACAUCCCCCUCCCCGACGAGCCUUCGCGUCUGUCGAUUCUCAAGGCGACGCUGAAGAAGUCGCCCAUCGCCGAGGAUGUCGACCUCACCUUCCUUGCCAAGCACACACACGGUUUCUCUGGUGCCGAUCUUGCCGAAAUCUGUCAGCGUGCUGCCAAGCUGGCUAUCCGCGAGUCGAUCGAAGCCGACAUCAAGCGCGAGCGCGAGCGUAUUGAGAAGAAGGAGGCCAAUGCUGAUGGUGAGGUCAAGAUGGAAGAGGACGCCGCUGCUGGUGCUGCUGCUGAGGAGGAGGAGGAUGACCCUGUCCCUGAGAUCACCCGAGCUCACUUUGAAGAGGCCAUGCGCUUCGCUCGCCGAUCCGUAUCGGACGGUGACAUUCGCCGUUACGAGCUGUUCGCACAGAACCUCCAGUCAGCACGCUCGUUUGGUACUUCGUUCCGCUUCCCUGAGGGCCAGAACCCAGCGCAGACUGGUGGCGCUGGCGGAGCAGGUGGCGCUGCCUUUGGCAAUGACGACGCCGGCGAUGAUGACCUAUACGCUUAA